AUGAUAUCAAUCCCAGAAUCUACUAGCACCGUCGAUGUUUCCAUCAUGGACACCGGCUGUAAGAUUGGAAACAUUCCAGCCGCAGUCUUCACAGAUCCACAGAUACCUGGUUUCGAAAGAUUUGAAGGCAUCAGCUAUGUGUUUGUCCUCACUUGCACUGACAAAGGGGGCAAGGUCAGACGAGUCCUUUUUGAUCUCGGGGCCCGCAAAGAUUGGGAGAAUAUGGCACCUCAGGUUGUGCAGGGAGUAAAAGCAAUCGAGGGUGCUAUACUUGAGCCUGUGGAGAAUGUGGCAGAUUUAUUGGAACGUGAAGGGAUUGAUAGGGCCAGCAUUGAGGCACUGAUCUGGAGUCACGCGCAUGUCGACCAUGUUGGGGACCCAUCGACCUUCCCCUCUAGCGCAACACUCAUCGUCGGUCCUGGCGUGAAAGACGAGUAUUUCCCCGGAUGGCCAACAAAGCCUGAUGCGCCUGUUCUGGUGACUGAUUUCGCGAAUCGCGAGGUCCGUCAACUCGACUUCUCGGACACAAAACUGUCGAUUGGCGGACUCCCUGCCUUGGACUAUUUUGGUGACGGCAGUUUCUACCUGCUCGAUGCACCUGGCCACGCUUUGGGUCACCUGUGCGGCCUCGCCCGUACAACACCGGACACUUUCAUGUUGUUCACUGGCGACGUGUACCACCACGCGAGCCAGAUUCGACCAUCCGCAUCCGUUCCCCUACCUGAGCAUGUGCAUGUACCCAACCUCAUCCCGAACCCGUUGGCCGCUAAGCAGCUUGCACAAAUUGCUCCUUCAAAGUGCUGCUCUGUACCCUUGCUCCAACCUGGCAAAGUCAACAGCGAUCUGAGCACCGCGAUGCGUACUAUCAGAGCUGUGAGAGACUUUGACGAUCAGGACAACGUCUUUUUAGUUGCUGCGCACGAUCACACUGUUUCAACUGUUAUUGACACAUUUCCUCGGUCAGCAAACCAAUGGAAGCAGAAGGGAUGGAAAGAGCAGGCAAAGUGGCUGUUUCUGAAGGACUUUCAGGAGGCGUUGAAUCUGGUUGCUUGA